UGUUUAUAUCACUUUUUUUCACUUUACUCUACAAAUUUAUCGUAGGAAAAAGAAGCGUAAUAUUUUGUUAGUAUUUUAUAAUCCAAAUUACGCGUGUAAAAACCCUAUGGAGAGGUCCACCAAUCCCCCUCCCAUCAAUCCGAAUGCCAAAUAUCUGCCAGACUCAGUCUCGAAUGUUUUGAACAGCAUUCAGAAAAUCGAUCAUGGCACACUUGCCUGGCCCACAGGCCCAAGGAAGAGGCGUGUUCAGAUCAAGAAGUCAUCCCGAGUUCCACUGGUCGCCACCGCAUCUAGUGUGAUCUCAAGUUCCAGAUCUGUCAAAUCAAACUGUUGCGAAAAGAAAAAUACCUUUUAUCAGAUUCUCCAGGACAGUCAGAACCAAUCCAGCUGUGAAAAGUCUGCCAGGUACAAGAAGAACGCUUGUAAAACAGAAUCCAUUCCCCAUUCUAAGGGUACCUACAAAACCAUUUACGAUAUCGUUAGGGCAUAUCUUCAGCACAAACACCAACAAGAAGUUAACGAAUGCCAGAGUGUCGAUUCUCCGGAAGUGCCUUCUCCUGUCAAGGAAAUCUAUCGGGUGAGACCUAGGGUUGCUGAGACCACAGCUCAGAACAAAUGUCCAAAAGUUAAAAAAUGGAACUCAACAAUUGCUGAAACAAAAUUACCCAUAGUCGAGCUCUAUAAACCUCGAGAGAAACGCACCGAACAAAGGGCUAAUGUAAAUGAAUUCCACAAAUCAGUUUCCAAGUCAAAAGGUCAAAAGUCACAAGUCAAUAAGCGUCGUGAACAUCCACAAAAACAAAACAAAAAUGUUUUCAAAGGAAAUGAUUCUUCGAUAUUUGAAAUUAACGAAAAGUUAAAUAAAGCAAACAAACAAAAUACAGAGACCCGAUUACAAGAAGGUAAUGUCAAAGAAAGUCUCAAGCUUCAACAGAAGUCGGCCAAAGACGUACCUCGUCUUAAAAAAGAUACCAAGGCAGUUCAAGAGAGACUCCUAGAUAACUCCAAGAAAAGGUCACGAUUUCAGAAUGACUCUCCCAAAUCCCACAUCCCCAGGACCGUUCCAGAGAAAGUGCCAAGCUUCAAAUUAAAUCUCCCCCAAAAAAUUCAAAAACAGCGAAUUUUGAAAACAGGAAAUACCCGAAAAAAUAGCAAAACAAGCCUAAAUGUAAAAUAUAAGAUACCGAUCAGCGACAACAGUGGGGUAAACCUUACCUCGGCAUACGAACCUCCCAUUAUUACAUCAAAAAUAUCCAGUGUCACACCUGAGCCAGUCCAGCCAACAAGAUAUUCCGAAUUAACAAGACGCUCAAUGGAAAUGAAGGCCAGCAGGAAAUCGACAUCUAUCACCAGCUACCAGGAAAAGCUGUGGAAAUUGAAAAAGUAUCUGUAUGGAGAUGAAGAAUAUGCUGAUACUAAUUCCCUGGAUGUUGAGGGGAUCAUAGAGGGCGACUUACUUUGUUAUCCGUAUGAUAAUAUAUACAAGAAACACAGUCCCAAAAAGGGUAAAGAUAAUAAUGUGGUUAAAAAAUAUUGCAAGCCAAAGCCAAAGCCACCGAAAAUAGAUUCGAAGUCCAUGAAAAUAGAAAAGCGUGAAGAGCCUUUAAAAAAGAAGUCAGUUUGCUGUAUGUGCAAGGCUAUACGAUGUCCCGAAAAGGAUGCCCCGUUCCUGGUACAAAUGCGGAAGGAUCAAAAACGACAGGAACUGAUAGCCUAUCGGGCUAAAAUGGCAAUGUGCAAUAAGCCCACUCAGAGAUCGAAUCGAGCUUGGCACAUUGGAAUAUGUGAUCUGGACAAAAAACAAUAUACUCUGGAGGAAAAGGACAUUAUUUUUGCCCGCCCCAAGAGAAGUAAUUCCUCUAUUUUCCCUUCGUCAAGUAAAACCAAUACAUUUCUCAAGAGAUGUAAUUCUUUUACUUUUCCCAAAGGAAAAUAGUCGAAUUACUUGUUCUUGAAGGCUGCAUUGAUGAAUUAUGAUUAAGACCAUAAGGAUUUAACCAGCAAACUAUAAGCAAUUAAAUAUCCUUGUCAAGUCCCUAAGUUUCUUAAUCCGUGACCAAUAAAGCAUCAUCCGAAUAACUUA